AUGAGUGAAAAACGAAUAAAUUUUAACGAAGCACUUCGAUUAUACGUUCGUUGGCAUCGUCUUAAGUCACUAGCAAUGGCAUGGCGUUCCCAUGGAGACUCCAACGCUUCGUUGGUUGGGAAUCUUGAAAAGAAUCAACUGUUCCGUGAUCCAAGAGUAAAAGAAGCCAUGUUAAGUGUUGAUAGAGGUGAUUUUUGUCCAAAAAAUGCCUAUUUCGAUCAUCCGGAACCGAUUGGCUACAAUGCCACCAUCAGCGCUCCUCAUAUGCAUGCAUCAGCACUGGAAAGACUAAAGGAUCACCUGAAAGAAGGUGACAACGCUUUGGAUGUUGGCUCAGGCUCGGGCUACUUAACUGUGUGUAUGGCGCAGAUGAUCGGUGAAACUGGUAAAGUAGUCGGUAUAGAUCAUAUAAAAGAGUUGGUUGACCUAUCCAAACGUAACAUCGAAAAGCACCACUCUGAUCUGCUAACAUCCGGUCGUGUCAUUAUGGUUGAAGGUGACGGUCGUGAGGGGUAUGCACCCUGUGCACCCUAUAAAGCUAUACACGUCGGUGCAGCUGCACCUGAAUUACCACCAAAGUUGCUUGAGCAGUUGGCUCCAGGUGGCCGUAUGCUAAUUCCAGUAGGUGCAGCACACAGCGACCAACGAUUCGUACAGGUUGAUAAAGAUGAAAAUGGCGAAGUGAAUAUUCGUGAUUUAAUGGGUGUUAUUUAUGUUCCUUUAACAAGUAAAGAAAAUCAAAUCGGUUGCUUUUAG